CGACGCCGAUGUUGACUCGACGAGGCGCACGUCGUCCGAUCGCACCGAGGCCGAGUGCUCCCGGUCCGAACUGCUGUGGCCUAAGUGGAACUUCCUGCGGAGCCUCCCCCGACCGGCGGUCCGCCGUGCAAGUAACACGAAUGAUGAUGGGAGUAGCCGAACCACUCUCCAGCGCUGACACUGCUGUGGCUUGUGAACGCACUGUGGCUCUAUGGUAUUAGUGCAGACUGAGCACAGGUGUGACGUUGAAACCUCAGCGUUUGUCUCGCCUGCUCUUCUAUCUGACCAAGCAGUUAUGUGACGGAUUCAUCAGCAUCCCUGUGACAUUGAAGUCAAGACGUCCAGACCUAUGGCAGUAGAUUACACAACACCAUUAUUUGGCCAUAACAUAUAAAAAGGAGAGUUGACUUGUCUGUGUCUGGUUGGGUGUAUGGAUGUUGUGCUGACAACAGGCUCUUGUCAUGGUGGCCUGGUAUAUCUGAGCCUGAAGCUAGUGUAGCUUCUCGCUGUCAUAUAGAAUGUUAGCGUAUGGCUAGCUACGUAUGGUAAUAGUUAGGGCCAUUGUCCUCCUCCCCUUGAUUGGCAUUUCUGGCCCCUACAAGGGGGUAUAAACUUGUUGGUAGUGGUACCCCCUUACCCCAUCAUCUAAUUUCUUUUUCAUUCAGCCAUCCAUCCAUCCCAACGAUCACCAGGUUUUGCUCCAUCUUUCACUCUCUUCAACCCUCAUCCCUUUUGUGUAGUACUGAGCAAACAUCUGUGUUAUCCACUUCUUACCUUUUGAAUUCAUCUCACAUCUGUCAAACCCCAACCCCAGUGCGACUCACAGUCCGGCCCAGGGUACACCAUCCUAAAAUUUGACAUUCAAGCCGCUAGGCAGUUGUUUUGGUGUUUUUUUUGGUUGCAUGGAAUCGGCUUAACCGUGGAGAGGCCAGGCUAUCACAAACUGAUGGACUUUGACAAGCGAGGAGUUGGGGGAGGAGGGGGCGGCGGUGGGGGAGGAGGAGGGGGGGGCGGCGGUGGAGCUGGAGGGAAGGCGGAGACUGAGGAGGGGAAGAGGAUGUCUGGGAAGACGGGCAGUCGAUCGGGGCACGGUGGUCGGGGGGCUGGCUCCAACUCCGGUGUCCUGAUGGUCGGACCAAACUUCCGGGUUGGAAAGAAGAUCGGCUGUGGGAACUUUGGAGAGCUGCGACUGGGAAAGAACCUGUACACCAAUGAAUAUGUGGCUAUAAAACUGGAGCCAAUCAAGUCGCGGGCGCCACAGCUGCACCUCGAAUAUCGCUUCUACAAGCAGCUGGGAAGUUCAGAGGGUGUCCCCCAGGUGUUUUACUUUGGACCUUGUGGUAAAUAUAAUGCUAUGGUUCUGGAGCUCCUGGGACCCAGCUUAGAGGACCUGUUUGACCUCUGUGACCGGACCUUCUCUCUGAAGACUGUACUCAUGAUAGCCAUACAACUGAUAACCCGCAUGGAGUUUGUCCACACCAGGAGCCUAAUCUACCGAGAUGUGAAGCCAGAGAACUUCCUGGUCGGCCGACCCGGCUCCAAACGGCAACACACCAUCCACAUCAUUGACUUUGGCCUGGCGAAAGAAUACAUCGACCCAGAGACCAAGAAACACAUCCCGUACAGAGAACACAAGAGUCUCACUGGCACCGCGAGAUACAUGAGCAUCAAUACACAUCUUGGGAAAGAGCAAAGCAGGCGGGACGACCUGGAGGCUCUGGGCCACAUGUUUAUGUACUUCCUGCGAGGCAGUCUACCCUGGCAGGGACUCAAGGCUGACACUCUGAAGGAGCGUUACCAGAAGAUCGGGGACACGAAGAGAGACACACCAAUAGAGGUCCUGUGUGAGAGUUUCCCAGAAGAGAUGGCCACCUACCUGCGGUACGUGCGCCGGCUGGACUUCUUCGAGAAACCGGACUACGACUACCUGAGGAAACUCUUCACGGACCUGUUUGACAGAAACGGAUACAUCUUUGACUACCAGUACGACUGGACUGGGAAGGCACUGCCCACUCCCAUUGGUCCGGUGGCCAGUGACACCCCACUUCAGACGAGCAACCGAGAGAAGGCACCGCAGACCAAAAACCAGUCUCCAGAGGGGAAAGGCAGUGAGUCCCAGCCCACUCCAGUGACCAAUCGAGAGCUGCUGGGCUCCCAUCUCACUGCUGAUAGGCUGGGCGGGUCCGUCCAGGUCAUGAGCUCAACCAAUGGGGAGCUGAACACGGACGACCCCACUGCAGGACACUCAAAUGCACCGAUCACAGCCACCGCAGAGGUGGAAGUAGCUGAUGAUACCAAGUGCUGCUGUUUCUUCAAGAGGAGGAAGAGGAAAGCUCUCCAGAGACACAAAUGAAACGGAGAGACGAGAGAGAGACCCCCGCUCUCUUUUUCACUCUUUCUUUCUCUUCCUCUCGGUCUGUGAUCCUCUUCAUUGAACCCCGCCCCCUCCUCCUCCUCCUCCUCUCCUGAUGGGGGUCCUGCAGUCUGCCGUGGGUCGGCGUUGACCGGUCGGAUCAGCAGGAAAUGUUUGUUAAGCUGAUCUCCUGGACUAACUGACCAGACAGUAACAUGAGUUUGCUGUUGCACCCCGAGCUUUAAAUGUGGACUCUUCAUGUAUUUAUGGUCACAAAGUGAACUGAAACUGGAUCGACACACACUGAUGUGACCACACAUGAACAGCUGAUGGACUGUGAAUGGGUGGCGGAGUGGGUUCAGCUCUUUUCCUGACAGACUCUCCACCUCUCUAUUUUUUUUGAGUUUAGUUUUUUCUUCCUUGCUGACUGGUUCAGAGGAGAGACGUGUGUUUCUGAGGAGGCGCAGAGGAGACGUCGACAAGGGGACGGGACUGUCGGACCACACACACACACACACGUAGAAACACACUGCACACCGUCUUGAGCUCAUCGUUAAGAGACUUCACAGACAAAAUGUUGCAGCUCUCGCACAUAGUUGAUAAAGUUUUAUAUUCCCUGGGGUCAAAGGAAGUCCACAGCGAGCGGCUCGGGCUCAGUGUUCUCAUCAGACCUCGGAGGAAAGCCUCACGACCACCAGAUUCAGAAAUUUAAAAAGAUGUUUAUGUAAAAACUUUUUUUUUUUCGGUUUUAAUUUUUAACAAAAAAAUGAAUCCUGUUUAUUUUUCUGUCUGAUUUGUUCAAAAAGUUUGUUUUGUAGCUUCUAGUGUGUUCCUCGAAAAAUGUAAUUUUUUUAAUAACCUGUAUUUUUAAUUUUCUGAUGUUUUUUGUUUUUUUCUCCCUCUUUCUCUUUGGGUUCGAGGAUGGAAAGUCAGAUAACUCCAUUAAAAAAAACAACCAAACAAAAUCAAAACUGAUUAUUAUUAAGGGGGUCAUUAACAAUAUUAUUUGAAGUUAGAGAUAUUUUUGCCCAUCAGUCAGCACGACACGGAAGGUCCAAACACAGGCAGGUUCAUAUGAGGACUAACCACUACAGCCAAGAUACGUCUCUGUGAAGGAGGCGUCAUCGUAGAGAAGAUCCUCAGCAGCCUGUUAACGGCCACCCAGAGCUCCAGUGUGAGCAAUUAAGUAACUAAUAAUUAAUUGAUUGGAUGAGCCCUUACCCCCGGUGAAGGAGUUCAAGUACCUCGGGUCUUGCUUGCGAGUGAGGGGACAACGAAGCCGGAGAAUCGGAGCAGCGGGGGCUGGUAAUGCACCAGUCAAUCUUAGUUCCUACCCUCACCUGUGCUCACAAAGGAUGGGUCAUGACCGAAAGAACUAGAUUGCGGGUACAAGCGGCUGAAGUGGGUUUUCGCAGCUGGUUCGGGCAUCUGGUCAGGAUGCUCCCCCCCUGGAACCCCUCCCAGACGCGUCGGGCUGGGAGGAGGCCUCGGGAAGACCCAGGACCCCCAGUCAGAGCUGGGUAAUGUGGGACGUUUGGGGCCCCCUGCUGGAGCUGCUGCCCCCGCGACAGGACCCCGGAUAAGCAGGACAAGAACAUUUCAUAACAUUCAACUCUUAUUGAUUGACUAAUCGGUUGAUGGUCAGAUAAACAGUUGAAUGAAUUCAAAGUGAGAUUAAACAGAAACCAGCAGAUUGCCAAGACAAAUAAAAAAAAAAAGCUGACAUGCAAAGUAGCAGUAAACACUGAAGUGUAGCUGAGGGAAACAUUGUAGAAGACACACUGCACCUGAUGGGCCAACCAGCUGACGUCGUCAUCCCUGGAGUCUUCUUGACCUUUUAAAAUGAUCUUUUAAGGAUCACAAAUUGUGCAUAUACAAGUGUUCUAUAGGAUUGACGGGGAUGACGGGGAACCUUCAACCUCUGGGUUAGUGGACGACUGACUCCGCCUCUUGAGCCACAGCCGCCCUGUUGGUACUAGUACUGAAUUGUAAAUUGUGACCAUUUUCACACAAUGAUGUCA